AAGAUUUGUUAACCCCCUUUUCUUCCGUCAAGUCUCUUGGCUACGUUACCAUUUAAAGAGUGUGAUGGGUUAGCAGAAUGCUGCCAUGUUGCCAGCAGGACUGACUAGAGCUGUGCAGUCUGGGGGGAGGGAGUCGGUUGCCAGGCAACUGUUGCUAGGCGUCGUCCUCUGCAUCAGCCUGGGCGUUGCCGGGGGAGACAGCUGUUCUGCCGACAGGAAACCUGUGGUCUCAUAUGAAGACCUGUCCCCUGUGCCGGUGUACCAGAGCCCAGGUGUUGUGGACUUCUCCCAGGUGCUGCUGGACAUCGAGAGGUUCCAGCUGGUGGUGGGAGCCAGGAACCAUAUCCUGGCACUGCAGCUGAGAGACCUCAGCCUGCUGCAGUACCUGUGA